AUGAAGGUCAUCAUCGCUGGCGCGACUGGGUUCGUGGGACAAGAGAUCCUUUCACAGUGCCUGGCCCAUCCCUCUAUCACUUCUAUUGUUGCCCUGUGCCGUCGUGAACUGCCCAUCACAGAUCCCAAACUCCAUGUCCACCUCAUGAAAGACCAGGAUUUCCUCUCCUACUCAGACCCCCAGCUCUCCGCCUCUCUCCGAGGCGCAGAUGCUUGUAUUUGGACGCUAGGCAUUACUCCCUCGCGCGCUUCUGAUGAACAGGCCUUGCGGCGGGUGACACUGGAGUAUACCAGCCAGGCCGCCAAGGCCUUCAACAAUGCCUUUACUGCUUCAAAUGAGGCAGGGCAAGAAGCCUCCGCCGGCUCAAAAUUUCGUUUCGUGUAUUUCAGCGGCGGACUGGCUGAGCGUGACCAGUCGAAACCUCUGUGGUUCUAUGCGGGCUAUCGUCGUAUGAGGAAUAUCCUGCUGGAGCAGGCAGCUGCUCACCCCGCCACGUUUGAGUCAUACAUCAUGCGCCCGGGCUUGGUGCUGAGUCGACAGGGGACAUUUGCGGAUCGCGUUCGGGGUCUGGCACCCUCAGUGCGGGUGGACGUGUUGGCACGAGCAGCAGUCGAUGUCGCCGUUCAGGGACAUUCGGAGAAAAUCUGGGAGAACGCCCAAAUUACUGAGUGGAAGGGUGUUGGUGGUCAACAUGGUUAA